AUGUCUGUAACCAUUGAUUUCAUUGCAUACGGUCAAACUGAUGAAAAGGAUAUUUACUUUCACUGGAAAGGGAAACUAAAUCCAUACUUCAUUACAAAUACACAGGGCCUGCUGGGAGAAAAAUAUGGAACCAUCCGAAUACCUGGAGAAGUUGAAUCAUCAGAAUUUGAGAUGAUCCUCGAUGCUGCUGUGGAAGCAAAACUAGAGACAAGAAUUCUGGAAGAGUGGUAUUGCAGAGAUGAAAAUGCAGUGCCACCAGCAUAUUACCUCAGACAAAAAUCUGAAAUGCUGAAGAACAAUCAUAAUACGAUGGAAUCAUCUUCAAAUUCUAUGAAUGAGAACAAAUGGAAGGACAUAUCAGAUGAGAUUAAGAAGAUUUUUAAGACUGCUGUGAAGUUGCUGCAUGAGAAAGGAAAAAUGAAACACAGCCAAGCAAAGAGAUAUCUUUCUUCUGCUGUUGAAGAUGAGCUUGAUUUUGCCUUGGGAAAACAAACACCCGCUUUCCUGAAGAAGUGUGUCUGUUACAUUCGGAAAAUUGCCAAUAUUGAGCGUUUUGUUAAAAUCCCAGAGAUGGGAAGAUACAUGGAUGUAAUUCAUAUGGGUGGAAAGGUUCUGCGGGAUCCAGAAGCUCAUGAGAAACUGAUCAAACUACGGGAUGAAUUUAUUCCUACGAUUGUUGCAGCAUCUAAUCUGAGAGUGUAUACUUCUGUUACUCAUUGUGACAUGAAACUUGGCUACUCACAAGAAGUGGAGAACCACUACAUUGAAGGUCUUGGUAAACAGUUCUACGAAGACAUGGUUGAUAUAAUUCAGGCCACAGUACAACAGAAUUUUGACACCGAGACAGACUUGCUUUAUGAUGAAGUCCUUCAACACUCAUCAUUAUGUAAAACAUAUUCCUCUUUCUACGAGUACAGGUGUGAGGCACUAAACAUAGUUCAUAAAUACAUUCUGAACAGCAAAACAGGACAUAUUAACCCUCUUAUCAUAUAUGGAGGACCAUGCACUGGAAAAACCCUUUUAUUAGCUGAAGUGGCAAAGAAGGCUUAUACUUGGCUGCAGGAAGAGAUGGGACCAGAAUCUGACCCUGUGGUAGUUAUAAGAUUUUUGGGAUCCACAGAAAUGAGUACAGAUCUUAAGAAUCUGCUUCAAAGCAUUUGUGAACAAUUAGCAAUUAAUUACCGUUGCCUAGUACAAAGUUACCCUAAAAAAAUCCAUGAUCUUCGGGACUUGUUUAUAAAUCUGUUGAAUGAGUCUUCAUUUCACAGACCAUUGGUUAUAAUAUUUGAUGCCCUAGAACAGCUGUCAGAUAUUGAUGAUGCUAGGAAACUGUGGUGGCUCCCUGUUCAUCUUCCCCGUUCAGUACGAAUAAUCAUGUCAACACUGCCCAACAAACAUGGGAUCCUGCAAAAACUGAGGUGCCUUAUUCAUGAAGAGGACAACUACAUUGAGUUGAUUACAAGAGACAGAAAGAUGUGCAGCCAAGUACUGAAACAUCAGCUGCUGCAUGUUAAAAGGAAAGUAACAUCAGGUCAACAAAUUUAUGUCAAUGAAGCUUUCUCAAAGUGCACACUGCCUAUGUUUGUGAACUUAACCUUCAGAGAAGUUAGGAACUGGAGAUCUCAUAAAGAUGUUGAUGAGUCUUCCCUUUGUGUCACUGUUCAUGAAAGCAUAGAGCAGUUAUUUUGGUCAUUAGAAAACAAGUGUGGAGUAAAGCUGUUGUCAAGAGCACUGGGCUACAUCACAAUGGCCAAAUCUGGCCUGAGUGAAAUGGAAUUGGAAGAUAUUUUAGCUCUUGACAACAGUGUGAUGUAUGAGUUAAACCAGUGUGUCAGGCAAUGUAACCCACUGAGGGUACCAUACGUAUACAUUUCUAGACUUAAGGAGGGCUUAAAGGGAUACUUGAUAGAGCGGCAAGUGAAAAAUGUAAUACUUCUAGUGUGGGCAAACAGGCACCUGCAGCUUAUUGCCCAGAAACUGUAUCUCCACAGUGAGGAAGAUGUACACGAGAUGCAUACUAUCAUGGCAGAGUACUUCCUUGGUGUUUGGUCAGGUGGAAGAAGGAAAUCUUUUUAUAGCGAAGAUCAGUAUUUGAAUGGGUGCUUUGACAGUGAGAACAGAAGCAUGAAUGAUGGGGAGAAGCUCUGUAUGGAUCUCACUUCUUUUGACAGGCAAGCACCUGAUCAGCCGUGGGUAUUCCAGUGUAAUCCAUUAGAGCCUGACAUCUUUUUUGUCAAUCACAGAAAAAUGACAGAACUUUUGCAUCACUUGACGAGGUGUGGAAGAACAGAUGAUCUUCUGUACGGUGUCAUUAUGAACUUCAGCUGGCUGUACACAAUGAUUAAAAUAGGACAGUUUGACAAAGCACUUUUUGACAUAGAAUUGGCUUAUACCUAUUCACAAGAAAAGGAACUGAAAUUUCUGGCAGGCACACUGCGUAGCAUAAAGUUCAAAGUAACAAAAUAUCCAGGUUCACUCUCUGCUGAAUUGCAACAGAGGCUCCUUCCAGUUGUCAGCUCAUUGCCUAAAUUAAGGCAUCUUCUCUUAGAAUGUGACAAAGAUGGACCCAAAUACUGCUCUAUUGUUCCCUUGCACUCCUCCAUGGAUGUGACAUACAGCCCUGAGCGGCUACCCUUGUCAUCCAGUUGCAUGCAUGUCACUGAGAUCCUGCCUACUUUUAAUCCAAAUACAGUCAUUGCUGCUCUUGAAAAUGGCUCCAUCAGUACUUGGGAUGUAGAGACACGCCAGCUAUUAAGACAAAUUACAACUGCUCAAUCGGUUAUCUUAGGGAUCAAACUUACUAGUGAUGAAAAAUAUCUUGUAGUAGCUACAACAAAGAACACACUUUUGAUUUACGAUAACCUAAAUUCCUGCCUUUUGUCUGAAGUAGAAAUUAAGGGAUCAAAACAUUGUGGAAUUGGGGGAGGCUCAAAUUUUAUAAAUGGAUUUACACUGUCCAUUAAUCAUGCACUUGCUUGGCUGGAAGCCAGCAAAGAUGUUACUGUAAUAGAUCUACUCUAUGGGUGGCCUCUUUAUCACUUCCACUGCUGGUAUGAAGUGACUUGUGUACAGUGUUCUCCAGAUGGAGUCUACGCAUUCUGCGGACAGUAUCUGAACACCACCACUAUAUUUCAUUUAGGAAGUGGAGAGAAACUGUCCACAGUGACCUCUGAAUUUUCAGGUGGAUUUGUGAAAUUUCUUCUUGUUCUGGACACUGCUCAAGAAAUGGUGAUGGUGGACAAUGAGGGUGGCCUUUCAGUUUGGAACACUGAGGAAAUUACAAAUCCCCAACUGACAGAUGAUUUUGAUUGCAGGAGAGAAGACAGUGAAGUUGUCAGCAUUGAACUUUCUGAAGACCAAAGUGCAAUUUUAAUUUGUAAGGCACUCAGUAUAGAACUUCUCGACACUGGCAUGUGGAAAGUGGCUGAAAAGUUCAGAGCAAAACACAAUGAGCGCUUUAUAUCUGCUGUUUUAUCCAAAAAUGGUGACUGUAUAAUUGCUUCUAUGGAAAAUACCUCAGCCAUUUUUGUUUGGAGGAGAGAUACAGGACAGUGUAUGGCAAGCUUACAGGAAAUCUCAGGAACCAUAGUCAGGCUAAUUAAAUCCAAUCACCAUAACAUGCUGCUAUCCUUAUCCACCAGUGGUGUCCUUUCUAUUUGGGACAUAGAUAUCAUAACUGCUAUGUCCAACAUUGACAAAUCUGGCAAACCCAUCCAUAGACUGGUGUUGCCAACCAGAGGUGAAAUAAUUUAUACACUAGAUGGUUCAGAAUCUGUACAUAAGUGGAACUUCAGCACUGGUUUCAUUGAAGCUGUGUUCAAGCAUGAAGGUAUUGUUGAAAACUGUGUGCUGACCUCUUCUGGAGAAAUAAUGAUUACAUCAGAUGACAAAUGUAGCCAAUAUGUAUGGCACACCAUUACUGGUGAAAAUAUCUUCCGCAUUAAUGGACAAAGGAUAUCUCAGCUGAUGAUUACACACAAUGAUCAAUUUGUCGUCUCGCUCUGUGAACAAAAUGCCUCCAGAGUUUGGCGACUGGCCACAGGACAUAGAGUUUGCAAUAUUUUAGUUGCCUUACAGAAUGCAUUUAUAACCACUGCUAAUACAUUUGUAGUAGGAAUGACAAAGAAUAAAGUGUUAGCAGUAAGUCUAUGGACAGGAAGUAUAACCAAGAAAUUUUGCUGUGAUGAUGGUACAACCAUUGUUGAUAUUAAACUGAUUCCAGACUGCCCAGAUAUUGUAGUGUUUAUAACAUCCACUGAAACAGUGAACAUCUGGAGUCUUACAGAGGAAGUUAUCUGCAGGCGCGUACAACUGCCUACUAAUUUCUUAAAAGACUUAGAAGACUUUGAAAUAUCCCCAAAUGGGAAGCUAGGAAUUCUAUCCCGUGGUGAUGAGAACAUCAACGUGCUUGAUUUACACAGCGGCAAGCUUCGUGUGGUUCACGCCCCUGGCGUUAUCUGGAGGCAGAGGUUGUCCCGUGAUGGCCGCUAUCUUGUGUACAUCUGUUUUCGUAAUGAAGAUGAUGAUGACAAUGGUGCCAUCUCAAGUUUAAUUGUAAUGAGACUGGCUGAUGGUAAAAACAUUGGUGCUUGUUCCCUUUAUAAAACUCCAACCUUUCUUUCUCUCUCACAGAGGCAUUUAAAUAUUAUUGUUGGCUUUGAUGAUGGAAGUAUAGGCACUUACACUGUAGUGGAUCGGGUAGAUGCAGCACUGAAAAUUAAAAUUGCUACUUCAAAUAGCCGUCAGAUUUUCAGUAAUGCAACACAAGUGAUUAGGCCCAAGUGUCACAAUUAUAGCUUCAAGGUGAAUGCAGACUGCAUUUGGAGAGAAUCUACUGAGGUGUUUGCAAGAGACAGCCCCAUCACAGUGACAGAUCCUGAGACAAGUGAAACAACCACACCCAAAAAACACAAUUAUUGCUAUGAGAAAGUGUGCUCUGCUAUAGAUUGCAGAGGACACAAUUUUACUGCUGAUAACUGAUUAUCAACAUGCACUAGUGUUGUUAAAUCCCUAGUGUGUGCGCACAGGCUAGUCUUUUGAUGCAAAAGUAUGUACCAGUGCAUUUCUUGAAAGGCUAAGAAGAGCAGAGGGCAGGAAUGUGGUUUUUCCUCAACAAAUAUUCUUACAUUUAUGUGAACAAAAACAAGCAAAAAAUGUGUAACAAAACAUUUAUCCAAUGGGCUGCAGGGUUUUUAAAAUUUUGAAAUACGAGGUUUAGUCCAAGGUUAGAUCCAGGGCCUUGACAGACAAUUUCUAGCAAUACUAUUACAAUUGUUAUACCAUUGCAGCAAUCAGAAAAUCUUAUUGGGCUUGACAGAGUUUUAGCUAGAGAUGAAACUCCAGUUAUUGUUGGAGAAGAGGCAAACCACUCUUUUGUAAUCCAGAUAGCCUCACUAUGGACAAAGUUAGGUCAGCUGUUAUCCUGAGUUUAUACCUACUUGCAAAAAUGUGUUUUUCUGCUGGAUGGUGCAAUGACAAGAUGUCACCUGCCAACCUGGAACACUUGAUGCAUUCCAUCACUUAAUGAAAUAGCUACUUUUUUAAAAAAAAUGUUAUUAACCUUUGGAUUGAAAAGGGUAGAAACCAAUCAGCAAACAUCUACUUGUGAGGUAAAAUCAAUCUAAAUGAAAGUACUGAAAGUUGCAAACAUUGCAUGCAAGGAUUUUUUCUAUAGUCUGAUAAAAAUGAUAAACUAGUUAUUAUCUAGGUCAUAAAAGAAGAAGUGUAACCCUGAAAUUGUAUUGUUUUUCUGUCUCUUGCACAGUGCAUAUUAAUACUGGAUAAAACAAAUACUUUUUCAAAGAGAAAGGGCAUUAACAGAUAAACACUCAAUCACCCUAUUCACUUCUAUCUUUGUUAAAAGGUUACUUAUUUUCUUUAUUGUAUAAAAGUUUGGAAUAUCGCUUAAGUUCCUACAGUGAUCUUAACAGAAAGCUGUCAGACAUGCCAUGUAUUAUUCUUGACAGUGUUUGCCUUACUACCAUUCCUAUCCUUUCCUGUGUUUUACACAGACCAGAUGACCAAAUACUCUGGGACUAACAGAAUAUGCCUGCAUAUGUGCUGAAAUAUUCCAUAAAAUCUAAAGCUAUCCAAAGGUUCUUUAUUGUUCCAAUUUAUAAUGGAUUUCUUACUUCAACAUAUUGUACACCCAUUAUGUUUCACUUCCUGCUUUAGGACUGUUCUGAGCCUUUUAUACAGUUUUAUCAGUUUCAAGGCAGAAAUUGUGAAAUAUUGUCAAUUAUUUUAAAAAAAAUUCACCUAACUAAAAGAAGUGGCUAUUUAUAUCUAAAAGGUGAGAGGUUCUCCCCUCCACCGCAUCUUAAUCAUGGCAUGUCCUUGGCAAACUUUUCAAAGAAUUUAAACAAAUCACAUUUUUCUUUUUUGGAAAGUUAGAACUCCAUGCCUCUAAAUUACCAAGAAAUGAAUGCCAACCUAGGGUUUAACAUAGUGUGUGAAUGUUCUAUGUAAAAGCCAAUAUAGUAUAUCAAGUGACUUGAAUAACUUUUCCUAACUUGUUUGCAACUAAUAGAUCAUAUUGAAUGUUUUUAUGUAAAACUUUGUAUUGUUGGGAAGAAUUACCCAAUCAGAGAUUUAUAUUUUCAUAAAUGUUAAAUUUAGUUAAUUUUGUUACAGAGUUGUUAAAUUAGAAAUCUAUUCAGUCUUCAAACAAUAUAAAGUCUUGUGAAAUCAUUGUUUGUAUGAAUAAACUAAGUAAACAGAUUAUUAUGUGUGGUUUUAAUUUGUAAAGAAAUUUCUGAAAAGGGACUUCAUUUUUAGGGUCAGAUGCUCAGUAGGUGUAACUCAACAAUGCUUUAGUAGAAGCUAAGCAUUAUUUUGAGGCCACAAAUAAAAUG